CAAGUUUCAGGUGCAGUAUUAGUAAGCGGCAGUGUUGUAAUUAGUUGAAAAUGUUGCUCAGACGGGCUGAAAAACCAGUCUGGCAAAAUUCGAUACGUUUUCUACGUAAUAACAAAAAAUGGUUACCGAGACCAGAGCCGGAAACAUUUGAAAAUGUUGUUUUUCCACCAAACGGAGAGUACAAAUUGCCACCAAUGCCUGAGGAGCCGACUUAUGAUCCCGCACUAGGCGAACAAAAAUUCAAGUCAUCGAAGCAGCUCGUUAGUAUUCGUGGUGUCGAAGAAAUACAUACUGAAUUGAUCCAUAAACAGUACGGUCUUGCUGCUGUUGCUGGUGGCUUCAUUAGCGCAUAUGAUUUCAAUUUCAUUCGCGACCGCUUGAACAGGAAUCUUUUAAAAAAUCAAUUUGCAAUAUGGAGAGUCCCGGCACCUUGGCUUCCACGCACAAAGAAAGCGACUGGAGCGAAACCGGGUAGUGGUAAGGGAAAUAUACACCAUUAUGUCACACCUGUUCGAGCAAGGAGAAUUAUUCUCGAAGUCGGUGGUUACAUCAUGGAAUUGGAAGCUAGGGCUUAUCUAAUGUAUCUCUGCGAACGGUUUCGUUUUCCUGUGGAAUUUGUUAGCGAAAAAGUAUUGGAGGAGAAGAAACUUCAAGAGAAGAGGAUUGAGGAAAUAAAUGUUAAUAAAUUUAACUGGGAUUUAGCUUUGAAAUAUAAUAUGCAAGAUUGUCACAGAUGGCUGUCAUAUUAUGAUAUCGCUUUUAAAUGCAAAUAUACGUAGCGUUUAUGUAGAUUUUAUGUUUUAAUGGUCCC